ACAACCUUAAUACGUCCUAAUGAUAAUAAAUUGAGUCGUAUCAUUUUUGGACAUAGAAUAUUUGAUGAACCAAAAGAUAUUGAAAGUGUAUUAAAGGAAGUAUUGUCUGAUUUUCAAAAUUCAAAGGAAGUCAGACGUCAAAGUACUGAAAUGGGUGUGCAAAUAAUGAAAUAUCGCACUGCGAUACGACGAUUUGUAAAGGAGGUGAAGGACGAAAAGAUAGAAAAAUGCGAUAGAAAAGCUUUACAAUCUGCACUCAACGAGGGUGGGAAAGAUGCUGUUGAGAAGCUAUUAAAGCUCGCAUUUUUAGAAUAUUCCAUGAAUUUCAUGUCUGAUGAAGAUAAGCAAAGAUUUAACUCAUUGAAACAAUUAAGCGAUCUUAGAUUUCCCGCAGAAUGGCAUCCAUCUGCAAGAACUAUACAGCGCAAGAUCAUACUUCAUGUUGGUCCCACAAAUUCAGGAAAAACAUAUAACGCUUUAAAGUGUUUAGAGAACGCAAAUUCUGGAGUAUAUUGUGGUCCUUUACGUUUACUUGCACAUGAAAUUUUUGACAGAUUUAACAAUAAAGGUGUUCCAUGCAAUCUUGUGACUGGGGAGGAAAGAAGGGAGUUAAAAGGGAUUCAAGUACCUUUGACAUCUUCUACUAUUGAAAUGGUAAAUCUACAAAAACAAGUCGACGUGGCUGUUAUCGAUGAGAUUCAGAUGAUAAGUGAUCAACAACGAGGAUGGGCAUGGACACAAGCCCUUUUGGGUUUGCAAGCUAAAGAGAUUCACAUAUGUGGAGAACCUUCGGCUGUGCCACUUGUUAAAUCGAUUUGUCAGAGUAUCAACGAAGACAUUGAGGUUCGAGAAUAUAAACGUCUUUCUAAACUUGAAAUAAGUCAAAAAUCUCUUGAUGGUGAUCUUAAAAAAAUAAAAAAAGGCGAUUGCGUGGUAACUUUUUCCAGGAAAUCAAUAUUCAGUAUAAAGCAUGAGAUUGAAGCAGCUACUGGCCUUCGUUGUGCAGUUGCAUACGGUAGUCUGCCACCUGAAACUCGGUCGCAACAAGCCAAGUUAUUCAAUGACCCUAAUAGUGGGUUUGAUGUUCUAGUUGCAAGUGAUGCUAUUGGAAUGGGUUUGAAUUUAAAUAUUAAACGAAUAGUAUUCGAAUCCAUAAAGAAGUAUGAUGGAAUAGGUAUACGAUAUAUCCCUAUUUCUCAGAUCAAGCAAAUCGCUGGACGAGCCGGCCGGUUUGGUACUGAAAACAACGUUGGAGAAGUGACGGCGAUUGAGGAUGCGGACUUAAGAUAUGUACAUCAAGCGAUGGAUGCACCACAUAAAAAUUUGGAGAUGGCAGGAUUACAACCUACAAUGGAAAUGGUAGAACUCUUUGCCCAUCAAUUGCCAGACGUUAAAGAAUUUGCAAUUCUCUUGGAGAAAUUUGAAGAUUUAGCUCGCGUAGAUGGGCAAUAUUUUUUGUAUAGUCCUCAUGUUUAUUUAUUGACUUAUCUUUCUCCCCAUAUAAAGCUUAUUGCAAAUACAAUUGAACUUAUUCCUAUGACUAUUCCUGAGCGAUUCAUUUUUGUUACCGGACCUAUAAACACAUCAGAUCAACGUAUUAUGAAGAACGUACAAAAGUUUGCUAUGUUGCAUAGUCAAGGGAGGGCCUGUCGUAUCUCAAAAGUCGUAUCUAUUCCGGAAAAAGUACCCCAUAACGAUGAAUUACUUGGCGAACUUGAAUCAAUUCAUCGUACACUUAUGUUAUAUCUAUGGUUAAGUUACAAAUUUUCAGAGACAUUUGUCGAUGUUGAUUUAGCUCGUGAAAUGAAACUUAGAUGUGAAACAAUCAUUCAUGAUUCUUUACAAAAGCUUAAAACCCAAAGAAGACGAUAUCGUACCAUCACAAGAAAUAUCAGAGAAUUAAGAAUGACAACAAAAGAUAAUAAAAAUUUUACUAAACAACUUGAGAACUCGUAG